UCUCAGCCCAACCCAUAAAUACAAACACAAGGCCCAAAAAGCAUUAAAUAAAAGACAAAUAACAAGAAGCACGGGAGAUGAAACAACGAAAGAAACGAUAGAUCCCGCGAAAGAAACGCCGACGACGAACUUAUCUUCCGGCGACUCUCUUUUCUCCCUCAAUUCUCCCUUUUUAUUCACAUUUUCUCCGCAGGCACCGAUUAUAUAUUUCAACGAAUUCGAAUUCAAACAUUAAAGAGAGAUAUUUAUUAUGCAUUUGAUUUGAUUGGAUGCGUUUUGAGAUCGAAUUGUGUUGAGAAAAUGGAGAAUUUAGUAAGUAAGCUUCGUAAUUUAGAUGCGUAUCCCAAGAUCAACGAGGAUUUCUACAGCCGGACGAUCUCAGGUGGCCUUAUUACUCUCGCUUCUUCCAUUGUCAUGAUCUUGCUCUUCCUCUCCGAGCUCAGAUUGUAUCUUCACGGUGUAACAGAAACAAAACUAGUUGUAGACACUUCGAGAGGGGAGACGCUAAAAAUUAAUUUUGAUGUGACUUUUCCUGCACUUCGUUGUUCUAUGCUCAGCCUUGAUGCCAUGGAUAUAAGUGGAGAGCAGCACCUUGACAUCAGACAUGACAUCUUCAAAAAAAGAAUAGAUGCCAAUGGAAAUGUCAUAGAAUCAAGGCAGGAAGGUAUUGAUUCUGCUAAGAUUGAGAAGCCAUUACAAAAACAUGGUGGUCGGCUGCAACACAACGAAACAUAUUGCGGUUCAUGUUAUGGUGCAGAAUCAUCAGAUAAUGAUUGUUGCAACACUUGUGAAGAUGUCCGUGAAGCAUACAGAAAAAAGGGUUGGGCUGUGACAAAUCCAGAUUUACUUGACCAGUGCAGAAGAGAAGGAUUUCUACAACAGAUCAAGGACGAAGAAGGUGAGGGAUGUAACAUGUAUGGAUUCAUAGAAGUUAAUAAGGUGGCCGGAAAUUUUCACUUUGCACCUGGAAAAAGUUUUCGGCAAUCAAAUGUUCAUGUGCAUGAUCUGCUAGUUUUUCAAAUGGAUAGCUUCAAUAUAAGUCACAAGAUUAAUAGAUUAGCAUUUGGAGACUACUUCCCUGGUGUUUUGAAUCCUCUUGAUGGUGUGCAAUGGACACAAGAACCACCAAGUGGGAUGUAUCAGUAUUUCAUCAAGGUGGUACCAACUGUCUACAAAGAGGCUAGCGGAAGUACCAUUCAGUCUAAUCAGUUCUCAGUGACAGAGCAUUUUAGGACUGCAGAUCAUGGUCUCCUUAAUACACUUCCAGGAGUUUUCUUCUUCUAUGAUCUUUCCCCAAUAAAGGUGACUUUCUCAGAGGAAAAUCUUUCAUUUCUGCACUUUCUGACAAACGUUUGUGCUAUAGUUGGUGGUGUUUUCACUGUAUCAGGGAUAUUAGAUUCUUUCAUCUACCAUAGUCAAAAGGCAAUCAAGAAAAAGAUGGAAAUAGGAAAAUUUAGUUGAUCUUUAUGUUUGGCAUAUGCUUAUGUGGUAUUGCCAAUUGGAAAUUUGGAAUCAUCUUGGCUGAGAAGCAUGAUUCCAUUCUACAGGGUAUAUAUUGGUCAAAGUUUAGGAUGUUAAAACCAUUGAUGCAGGAAACACCAGAUUUUGUAAGAAAUUCUUAAUCAGAUUAGUUUCAUAGUUGAGUUUAA